GAGAGAGAGAGAGAGAGAGAGAGAGAGAGAGAGAGAGAGAGAGAGAGAGAGAUGGGACUGGGUGAUCGUUGUGUUGCUUCUGUUGUCAGUGAUGUGAAGAGACAUUAACGAGCUGAUGAAAGGACUUCUAUUUGUGCGUGGACACAUUUCUACACCUUCUUUGCAGCAGCACUGUGUGGUAGAGACCAGCUGAAGUGGGCUUCCUGCCUGUUGAGAUGUGCCAAUAGGAAACACUGGGAACAGGGGUUCAUGCUGAUGAAAUUGAUCUGCUCAGCAGUGAGCUCCAACCAGAGCCAUGGGGAGUACCCAGACUGCCGGAGUGAGAGGGAGUCGGGAGGGGAGGCGUCUCUCCUGGUGUCUCCGCUGGUGGUGGCGGGGAUUGUUAUAGGUCUGGUCCUCUUCCUCUCCUGCAUCACCAUCAUCGUUGGCAGCCUGCGCAAAGACAGUCGACUCCGAAACCCACACCUCCGAGCUAGUUACGGUCUGGAUGGUUUUUCCUAUGGAGGUUCAGUAGGAGAACUGAGAUCUACCUGUUUAGAAGACUUUCCUCCUGGUUUAGACUUUGAUUCAUACAGAGAGACUCUGUCACAGGUCAACAACCUGUACCCCGACUCACCGCCACGUUACGAUGAGUGUGUUGGCCCAGGUUCGACUCAGAUCUACCUACCUACAGAAGACCCGCCCCCUUACUCCCUAUUGGACCCCUGUCAGAGAGGGGCAGAGCAGGAGGAGCAGCCUAACUACAUCAGUCUGGAUCCAUCUCCAAACUACGGAGAGAGCUCAGCCAGUGGUGCCUGGUUCUCCCCCUCCCACUACCCGCUGGGACUACAGGAGCAGGAACAUCAACACGUUGCAUCCAUCUCCUUCCCGCUGGAGGCGGCGCCGCCUUAUGAGUCAGUGUUGGCCGAGCAGGGACAGCCCCUCCCUCUCAUGCCAUGCGACCUUUAUAAACACCAAUCAGAGAGGGAAGAUGAUGGCAAUUCCCGGCAGCCAGGGGCGAACCAGAUCUUGUAGGACAAUUAAUUUGUUUCUUUCACUUGCGCCUUUGGUUGUCCCCGGUUGAAUUAAAAAAACACUUGUGAUGUGGGCACAAAAUGGCUGUUAGGAGCAGCUGUGACACCAAACAAUGGACACUAAUGAGAUUUUCCACACAGUUGCUAACACCUACACCUGUAAUAAGGCUGACAAUGAGCAUCUCAGUGGACUGAAAUUAACCCCGGGACUCCAGUUUUUAACAAUUUAACUCCAGUUUGUUUUUGGACGAAGUACAAACUCACCUAUUGCGCUGUAUUUUAAAGUUUUUGGAAAGACAGAUUCUCUUAUACAAAGGAUUGUCGCCCCACUGAUGCUCCCUUUGACGAAGACUCUUCCCAUUAACACCAUUGUCUUGUUUAGGUUUUGCCAUAUAUUGACUGUUUUAUCUCCCUUUCUUCAACCAGGACUAAUUAUGAAGAGUCAUGUUUGGAAUACGCUACAAAAUGCUAACUUCUUCUCAUCACACUGUAGAGGUCGAAAAGUCGACUUAGCCUGUAGAAGAAAGACUGAAUGCAAACAAUAUCCAUGUGGUGUUUAGUAGAAUAGUAUAAGGUAAGGUAUACACAAGCACACAGAGUACUCCCCCCUCCCAUCUCGUUUGGUAUGAUCCUCACCUUCCAGUCUAUUUAAAUGACGUUUUGGACAAGAGUAUAAUUACCACUGAGUUGUGUACGACAUCCUUAACACCCAGAACACACAUCUGCAGUCUUUCUAGUGUUCAAACAUUUAGAGCAGUGUGUUGUUCUGUAGCUUCCAGUGUGGUGGUAGCAUCCUCGUGCUUAGAAGAACGAUUUUGUGAUGAAAUGGUCGUGAACAUGAAAUCCAAUCUAAUUAGGAAACUAUACCUGGCAUUAUCAACACUCAGUUGUGUCAUACUGUAUACUGCUUUCAAGUAAUAAGUCACCAUGAUGAUGUUGUUUAGGUCAUUGUUAAAUAUCUGCAGCACAGCCUACAUCUAUAAUUACCAGAAUGAGAACCACUAUUGUACAAAUUGCCAUAACUCUUUCUAUAUAUACACUGUAUAUUAAAAUAAUAUUCUGUAACUGGACCCCAGCAGCAAAAUGUAGCCCGGAGCCCGCCUCCUGAUGAGGUCGGGGUUGAUGCAUCAGAGAAGUUACACAUUAAACUGUAGACCAUAACAAACUGUUUACUGGA